CCUCCUUUUUGUAUCCAAAUUUCUCAACUCAAACCUACUAAUCCCUCUCUCUCUCUCUCUCUCUCUCAUAUUUUCACUUACCGUGGGAAAACUUUCAUUUUCCAGAUGUGAAACCUUGUGGGUUCAUCUUUCUAAUUAUCAAGCUCAAACUUGGUGUUGCUAGGAAUUCAAGAGUUUUUCCCCUUUUGUGGGUGAAGAAAGUUUCAAUUUGGACAAAAGGCCCAGAAAUAUAGCAAACAAGCCAACAUUGGAAUUUGGCGAAACCCUCUAAAAUGUAUGUAGAGAGUGCUUGCUUUGAUCCCAAUACUGUGCAGGAAGGCUUAGCUGAAGAUGGGUUUUCGCAAACUGCACCCAAUUUCACUCCAACUAGUUUCUCCAUGGAAGAUGGAGUUGCUGUGGCUGCAUCCAUGGGGAUAGAGAUGCAGCAGAGGCUGGGACUGGACAUGGAACAGUCUUACAAUACCAGCAAUGGCAAUUUGAAUGAUACCCAUUUGAUGGAAGCGGUGGUUCAUCAUCAUGAUCAUCAAUCCAACAACCAGGUUUUGUCAUAUGAUCACCAUCAUCAUCAUGAUCAGUCCAAUUGGGACCCUAGUGUUAACCAUGAAAUGCAACAGACGAUGACUUUCAGCCAUGGCGAAAUCCAGAAUGGCCAUCUCCCGGGCUUCAAUGGCUCCUCACCAGCAGACCUUCUCAAUCUCUUCCACUUGCCAAGGUGCUCACCUUCCUCUGUGCUCACCAAUUCAUCACUUUCUUUUAUGAAUCCCAAUAUUCCCAUCCAAGACAAUGGAAGUUUUCCGGCCUCAUUAGGCUUUCUAGGGGACCUUCCAUCGGCUGAAAGCGCCGCGGCGUCGAACAAUGUUGUGUAUGAUCCUCUAUUCCCCUUGAACCUUCCUCCACAGCCUCCUUUGAUCAGGGAAUUGUUUCAGUCUCUCCCCCAUGGCUACAGCUUGCCAGACCCAUCAAGGGUAGAUUCUUUGUUUGGUGGGGUGGAUCAUGAAGGGGAGGAAAAUGGUGGGUUGUAUCGUGAUCAAGGGGAAGGGAGGGACUUUGGGAAUGGGGUUUUUGAUCAGUUUUCAAGGGAUAUGAAGCGCAUGUCUAGACGCAGGAACCGCAAGGGCACUACCAAACACUUCGCCACUGAGCAGCAAAGGAGACAUACUUUCGGUAGCUUGUAUACCUCUCUCAAGAAAUUGGUUCCUAACCCUAGCAAGCCUGACAGAGCAUCAAUAGUUGAAGAUGCAAUUGGGUACAUCAAAGAGCUUCUCAGAACAGUUAAGGAGCUGAAAAUCCUUGUGGAGAGAAAGAGAUGUGGGAUAGAGAGGGGCAAGAGGCACAAGACAGAAGAUGGUGCCACUGGAGAUGUGGAGAGCUGCAAUCAGGACCAGUACUACAAUGGAUCAUCACUAAGGAGCUCAUGGCUUCAGAGGAAAUCCAAAGACACUGAGGUUGAUGUCCGGAUUAUCGACGACGAAGUGACCAUCAAACUGGCACAGCGCAAGAAAAUCAACUGCUUGUUGCUUGUGUCAAGGGUCCUGGAUGAGCUUCAGCUGGACAUUCAACAUGUCGCUGGUGGCCUUGUUGGUGAUAACUACAGCUUUCUGUUGAACAGCAAGAUAUGUGAAGGUUCUUCUGUCUAUGCCAGUGCCAUAGCCAACAAGCUCAUUGAGGUAGUGGACAGACAGUAUUCUGCAACUCCACCUCCAAGUAGCUAUUAGAAUAGAAACAAAACUUUCUAUGAAUUUGUAGUCCUAAUUAAUUUUCUCUCUGAAUGACUCAAUAUAUAUAUAUAUAUACACACAUAUAUAUUAGUGAAUGUUAUAGACAACCUACAGUUGGUGAAGAACAAUCAUGAAUGGUGUAGCAACUUUAACUACUUGUCUUCAAGUUCGACUGUUUUAGUUGUAGUUACUUGUCCCAAUCAAUUUGUCUUGAUACAUGUAAUGCUCAUA